AUGGAAUCGUGCGCCGCCGUUGAGAAGGAGGUGGAGAAAGUUAUCAACAAAUUUUCCGCUAUUAACGAUCACUCGCAACGCAUAAUUGGAGAUGUUAUUUCUCACGUCGAGAAGCUUCGUUCGACCAUCGCUGAAGGCAAUCCGGAUAGUAAAGUCACCACCGGGCAGGUGCAGGUGUUAAAUGAGGCCCUAACGAAAACGAAAGAUAAACUGCACCGUCUUACAACCGAACAUCGGGAUCUACACGGUACCGUGAGCAAAGUGGGCAAAGCAAUCGAUCGCAACUUUGUACCCGACUUUACGGCCACCUCUCGUACGGAUGUGUUCCAAACGGAGCGGAACGUGAUGCUACUGAACAAGAUUAUGGCCCAGCACUUCUACCGCCAAGGUAUGGACGAUGUGGCUGAUGCGCUGAUCAAAGAAUCUGGACUGCCCGCUGAGGACAUUGUGCCCGAACCAUAUGCCGAGCUACAUCGCAUCUGGGAGGCAAUACAUACCGGCAAUCUAGCUCCGGCGCUGGACUGGGCCACACGGUACUCGGCCGAGCUGGACUCUCGCAACAGCACUCUCGAAUUCAAGCUGCAUCGACUUGCGUUUAUGCAGAUACUGAAUGGGGGCGUGCAAGCACAAACCGAAGCUAUCACGUACGCGCGUACCAACUUUGCUAAAUUCGUGCGGCGUUUCGAGAAAGACAUACAGAUACUGAUGGGCACGCUGAUCUAUUUGCCUAUCGGGGUGCAUAAUUCGCCGUACAAAUACCUCACGGCGCCCGAGAUGUGGAUCGAAACGGCAGACGUUUUCUUAAAGGACGCCUGCCAACUGCUUGGGAUUAAUAAGGACUCUCCAUUAUCCGUGAUUGUGAAUGCCGGUUGCACGGCGCUGCCCGCACUGCUCAAUUUGAAGCAGGUGAUGAUGUCCCGUCAGGUUACGGGCAUCUGGAACGGUCGUGAUGAGCUACCAAUUGAAAUCGAUCUCGAACCAGAGAACCGUUUCCACUCCAUUUUUGCCUGUCCCAUUCUACGGCAGCAAAGCUCGGAUGAAAACCCACCAAUGAAGCUGCUCUGUGGGCACGUUAUAUCUCGAGAUGCCCUUAACAAACUAAGCAAUGGUCCCAUAAUGAACAAUACUUUCAGAUUGAAGUGUCCCUACUGUCCCAUGGAGCAGUGUCCGUCGGAUGCAAAGCUGAUAUAUUUCUAGGCACCCUUGCGUCUCCGUUUCUGGCUGGAAAUAUGAUUGCGAAAGGGCUAAUGCAUCAAGCAAUGCGCACGGGAAUGUAGAAUGGAAAAUGCACCAGAGUUGUAUCCCGUUUCCCUUGGGCCCCGUUAAGAAGGUGCCGGUGUUACUGCAAUGAUUAGCAAAUACUGAUGAUUACGAAUACCGAUAUGGCGUACCCUGCUUGGUGCGUGCAAGGUAGAGGGUAGAUUAGUGAUUGUUGACAAAGCUCUUAUGAAAGAGCUUUUCGGAGCGUAGCCUCGGCAGAGACCGACUUUAGGAUGGUGCUGGAGUAGGAGAAGAUUGUAUUAGAAUUUAUAAUGAAGCGACACAUUUGGCGCAAACUAUAGCUAAAGAAACAUUAUCCAGAACCGUUUGUUCGGUGAUGUGUGUGUCUUUAUACUCGUUGUUUCCUUUUCGCUUUGGUUUAAUAUCUAGAAAGGGGAAAGUUUACUCAGUUAGAAAACAAAACAAUUUUAAUGUAAUGCUAGGUAUGGCAAUUAAGAGAACCAUCGAUGUUGAAUAUGCGAAACUUUAUUCAGUUUUACUUCAUUUUUAUUAGUGUGUUUACGAUGUUGUUCCAGCAUAUAAUUUUCCGUUUCAUGUUCAAUCGCAAAACAAUUUUCUCUUUAAGAGAUCUGAAGCUAACGAGAGGAGUCAAUUGAACUCAACUAAAAGUUCCCCCGAAGAAAACGGAAGCGGAUGCUCUCGUUGCUUAGAAGAAGGCAAGGGAAAGCUUGGAACGACUAUAUCAACAUGAAGUUACAGUGAAAAAUAUUGCACAGAUAAUAGCCAACAUGCAAUGGAUGGUAAAAGCUCGUAACCUACUCAAACACGACGAAUCGUGAAACUAAUCAAGCUGCCGAAUGGUUCGAAGGCUCUUACAUGCACACACACGAUUGCUUCAUCAAGUGCUGCAAGGGAAACCUCUGCAUAGGAAGGCUGUACAUAUAUGUAUAAACAAAUAUAUAUUAUAUUUUUAUUGACGAAU